AUGGCUCUCGCGGGGACGCCGACCUCCGGUGACCAGGCCAGAGGCGCACCGCCGCACCUGAUCUUCAUCCCGAGCGCUGGCAUGGGCCACAUCCACCCUUUCUCCCGCUUCAUCGCCGCCCUCGCGAGCCAAGGCGCCGUCGACAUCUCCGUCGUGAUCGCGCUCCCGACGGUCUCCGAGGCCGAGGCCGACCACUUCACCGCCCUCUUCGCGGCCUUCCCCGCCAUCCGACGCAUCGACUUCAACCUCCUGCCGCUCGACGACGCCACCCUUGCCGGCACGGACCCCUUCCUCCUGCGGUGGGAGUCCCUUCGCCGCUCCGCCCACCUCCUCAGCCCGCUCAUCGCCGGCGCCGCGCCGCGCGCGUCGGCCAUCGUCACGGACAUCACCCUGGCUUCCCAGGUCAUCCCCGUGGCUAAGAACGAGCUGCGGCUCCCGUGCCACAUCCUCUUCAUCUCAUGCGCGACCAUGAUGUCCUUCCUCGCCUACUUCCCCACCUACGUUGACGGCGCCAACACGGACCACCUCGCCGGGGACGUCGACGUCCCCGGCAUUGGACACCUCCCGGUAGAUUACCCCCCGCAGGUGCUGCGCGACCCGGACAACCUCUUCACCAAGCAGUUCAUCUCCAACGGCCGCGAGAUCGCCGAGGCAGACGGCAUUCUCCUCAACACGUUCGACGCCUUGGAGCCGGAGGCACUCGCCGCCCUGCGCGACGGCAAGGUCGUUCCCGGGUUCCCUCCGGUGUUCGCAGUCGGCCCACUUAAGUCGACGAGCACAGAGAAGGAGGCGGUACAUGGCGCCUGGCUCGACGAGCAGCCGGCGCGCUCGGUUGUGUAUGUGGCCUUCGGCAACCGCAACGCGGCCGCGCUGGAUCAGAUCCGCGAGAUCGGCGCCGGGCUGGAGGCGAGCGGCUGCCGGUUCCUGUGGGUGGUGAAGACGACGGUGGUGGACCGUGAGGACACGGCGGAGCUCAACAACGUGCUGGACGACGGGUUCCUGGGGCGCGUGCAUGGGCGCGGCCUGGUGAUCAAGGAGUGGGUGGACCAGGAGGCGGUCCUGAGGCACCCGGCCGUGGGGCUGUACGUGAGCCACUGCGGGUGGAACUCGGUGACAGAGUCGGCCGCGUGCGGCGUGCCGAUGCUGGCGUGGCCGAUGACGCUGGGCGACCAGCGCCUGGUAGCAACGGUGAUCAGGAGCGCCGGCUUCGGGCUGUGGCUGGAGCACUGGAGCUGGGACACGGAGAGCUCGCUGGUGCGCGCGGCGGAAAUAGCGGAGAAGGUGAAGGCGGUGAUGGGCGACGAGGCGAUCUCGGCGAGGGCUAAGGAGGUCGGCCGGGAGGCGACCAAGGCCGUUGCCCCGGGCGGCUCCAGCCACCGGAGCAUGCAGGAAUUCCUUGCCACGCUCAAGUGA